AAGCCUCCCCAAACCUCCGAGCUCUCGUCUCCGGCGGCGCAAGGAAGAAGCAGCCAUGGUGAAGGGACGCACCGGCCAGCGCGUCAGGCUCUACGUCCGGGGCACCAUCCUCGGAUUCAAGAGGUCCAAGUCGAACCAGUACGAGAACACGUCGCUGGUGCAGAUCGAGGGGGUCAACACCAAGGAGGACGUGGCGUGGUACGCCGGGAAGCGCCUCGCCUACGUCUACAAGGCCAAGACCAAGAGCAACGGCACCCACUACCGCUGCCUCUGGGGCAAGGUCAUCCGCCCGCACGGAAACUCCGGCGUCGUCCGCGCCCAGUUCAAGUCCAACCUCCCCGCCGAGUCCAUGGGACGCAAGGUCAGGGUGUUCAUGUACCCGAGCAGUAUCUAAGGUUUUGUUGAGCUAGGGCCAGUAAUGCUUACUUAUUGCUAUUGUCAUGGGCUGAAAAUGUCAUUUAUGGCGAAUCUAUUUUAUGUUGGCAACUUGAAACUGUUCAUGUAUUCUGAGAACCUGUGGAAGUUUUGGCUAGACAUGUUGUCGAAUGUGUGGACCAUUUAGUAUUGCUCUAUAUCAGCACAGUUUCAUAGUGUUA